AUGGAUUAUACAGUAGCAGUACGAAUUGAUAAUGAUAUUAUUGGUGAUCCAGAUAUCGAAUGUUUAGAGGAAGAAAUUCGUAUUUUUGUUAAAACACGAAAAAUAUUUAAUGGUCGAAUUUAUGCAAAAGGAAAAGCGGAUAAUCCAGCAUGCAUAAAGGAUAAUUUUGCUCAAGAGAGGACAACAAAACCACAUAUGUUCCUAAAAUUUGGAACAUGUGGCAUGAAAAGCUUACGAUCCAUUGAUCCACGAGGAAUGUAUUACGGCAUUACGAUAGUUGUUUCAUUCCAUACGUUAUUUAUUACAAAAGUUGACCAAGCAUUUCAUGUCAAAUGUUUUUUUGAAGAAGCUAGCCAUGGACUUACAGCUAAAUUUGGUGUUAGCAUGAUAGCAACGACAGAAAUGGAAGCACGUCAUCCUAUUCCAGGUUGCUCUUACAGUAUCCAUGCAAGUAGUAUUGAUGAUCUUGAGUCCGGUAAACCUGCUGGUCCAAUAAUUAAAUAUGCACGAAUCGGUGAUCGUGUUCUUCAUCAAUGGCAUUGUGAUGAUCAAAUGUAUGGAAUACUUAUUAAUAAUUGCUAUGUUACGGAUGGAUUUGGUAAACGUAGCGAAGUUAUUGAUUCAAAUGGGUGUUCGGUUGAUCCAAUACUCAUUACCGGUAUACGAUAUUCAGCUGAUUUGCAACGAGCUUAUGGUGAAAGUAUGGUAUUUAAAUUUGCUGAUCGACCAGGUGUUUGGUUCUUUUGUCAAAUUCAAAUGUGUAUGAAAAAAGAAGGAAUGUGUAAUGGAAUUACGCCGCCAUCAUGUGCUCGACAAAUUGGUAACUCUGCAUACAGUAUAAAAGAAGAAGAAAAAAAUAACCAAAAAGUUUCCGGACGGAUAAAACCAUUUUCAUUAACAUCAUCAUCAAUGAAAUUAGUAAAGGAAGGGCAAAGGUCGAAAGUUGGAAAUUCGGAAAAUGAAUUGGGAAACGUUGAAGGAUCAGUGGAUGAAUAUUCAAGAGAACAUGCUAG